AUGGCUUGUUUGCAGAACAACACUGUUUGGAAGCCGGACUCAUGCCAGGAGUGUGGUUGCCAUGGUGACAUUGUAAUAUGCAAGGAUGUCAUUUGCAGAAACCCUCGUUGUGACUUUUGGCAGGGGGAACGGCUCCAAAUUGCUCCCAACGCAUGCUGCCCUACAUGCAUUUCACGAACAGAGGGAUUCUGUGAGCACGAAGGACAAAUCCACGAGGAUGAUACCGAAUGGGCCGGCUCUGGAUGUGCAACCUGCUCUUGUGCCCAUGGGAAGACCACCUGUGCACCCAGGGUGUGCCCCACACUUUCGUGUGGGAGAGGCGCCGUGGCGUCCCUCGGCCGAGGAGAGUGCUGCCCACGCUGUGUCGGCAGCGGAGAGCCUUGCUUUUUUGAUGGCCGCACGUUCUGGGACGGAGAGGAGUGGCGGCCCAGCCAAUGUGCCAAAUGUGUCUGUCGGAAUGGGACUGCGGAGUGCUUUACCAUUCGCUGUCAGCCUGUAUUAUGUAAUGAGGAUGAAGACCUGGUCGUUCCUGCGGGAAAAUGCUGCCCAAACUGUGCCCCCAAACCCUGCUUUGCAUCUGGGAGAGCAUAUGAGCACGGUGAGCACUGGCAGAAUGACACCUGCACCAGGUGCAUAUGUGACAGAGGGGAGACCAGGUGUUUGAGACAGUCCUGUGCACCACCAGCCUGUGGAAAGGGGGAGAAGAAAGUGAGGCGACCCGGAAACUGCUGCGAGGAGUGUGUGCGUUCCAAGGGGAGCUGCGUGCAGAAUGGCACCAUCCGGUACCAGGACGAGAUGUGGAACGAAACUCGCUGCGAGUUCUGCGUGUGCGACGGAGGGCGUGUCACCUGCUGGGAUGGAGAGUGUGCCAGAGUGGAGUGUGGGCCGGGUGAAGAAUUAGUUCAUCUGGAAGGCAAGUGUUGCCCGGAGUGCCUUUUAAGAGCGGCGCCCUGUGUUCACAAUGAACAUACCAAAGAGGAUGGCGACAAGUGGAAGGAAGGCCCGUGUCGUGAAUGCGAGUGCCGGGACUCGGAGGUGGUCUGCUACGCUCGAUCGUGUCCGACCUGCCCCUCGGGCAGCGUGGCUGUACCUGCAACAGGAGAGUGUUGCCCUCGGUGCCAGCCAGGCCAGUGUCAUCCUGACUGUCUGACCUGCUCACAGUCUUUUGAUCGCUGCGAUGUCUGCCGUGAUGCGACCAAGUGGCUGAAGAAUGGGCGCUGCGUGGCCAGCUGUGGACCUGGAUUCUAUCCAGAUGCUGGCCUGUGCUUAGCCUGUAAGAAGAUGUGCUCCACCUGCACGGAUGGGUUUAGCUGUACUUCAUGCCAAGAUCCACUGCGAUUGGAGGACGGCCAGUGUGUGAUGUCAUGUGCGGAAGGGCACUUCCCAGGACCUCUCCAGUGUACAGCUUGCCAUGAAUCAUGUGCUGCUUGCCGGGGCCCGACUGCAAAGAACUGUUCUGCCUGCAAAGACCCUUCCUUUGUGUUACUGGGAAGUCUCUGUGUUGCCCGCUGCGGCCAGGGGUUCUACAUCCAGGAUGGUGCUUGUAAAGCCUGCCAUGAGACGUGUGAGACAUGCUAUCCAGACCGGCCGAGAUGUUCCACCUGCGCUUCAGACAGAUUUCUGCAUGGUGGCCAGUGUAUGACAGGAUGCCCCGAGGGCCAUUAUGCUGAUCCUUCCCAGAGAUGCAGAGCGUGCCACAAUUCCUGCAGCAGCUGCGUCGGGCCCCUGUCUACGCAGUGUGCCUCUUGUGCCUUCCCUCUGGCUCUGCACCAGGGCUUUUGCCUGCCUUCCUGUGGAGAGGGCUUUUAUCGGGAUCACACCGUCUGCAAAGGUUGCCAUUCAUCUUGUCGGGAGUGUGUUGGCCCUGAACGUUCACACUGCACACGGUGCUUGAACCCGGAGGAGGCUCUGCAACCAGAAACGGAUCUUGAAGAGACCCUAGUGGGUGUCUGCCUAGUCCAGUGCAGAGUCCAGUUCUACCUCAGUAACAACGGGGUAUGCGAAGAGUGCCACUUCUCCUGCCUGUCCUGCACUGCGGGAUCCUCACAGAACUGCACGGCCUGCAAACCUCCCCAAGUUCUUUACGAAGACCAGUGCCUUUCGGAGUGUCCGGAGGGAUGGUAUCGCCAGGACGCGCAUUGCCACUCAUGCCACCCUUCUUGCAAGACAUGUGGCGGGCCUUCGGAGGACGAAUGUGGAGCGUGUCACCCCCACGCCACUUUCGGUGAUGGGAAAUGCCGCACCGCCUGCAAGGAAGGGCACUACCUCAACCUGGUGGGGUACUGCAUGGAUUGUCACCCAUUGUGUGCACAGUGUGUAGCUGAUCUGCAGGGAACAGGGGGUCUCUGCUUGGAGUGCCAAAAUCCGCGUCACUUGCUCCUGAGAGAUCACUGUGAGCCUGAGUGUCCUGAGGGAUACCACAAGCAUCACGGAGCAUGUCAAAGAUGUCACCCUUCCUGCAGGGCCUGCAGUGGGAGAGGCCCAUCGUCCUGCACUUCCUGUGACUCCAGCCUAGUCCUUUCUCACACGGGCACCUGCACCUCGGCAUGUUCCGUCGGAUUUUACAGGGAUGAGAACCUGCGUUGCUCACCUUGCCCCAGCCCGUGCCUGAGCUGCGAUUCAGGAACCAGUUGUACUUCCUGCAAAGACCCGUCCCAAGUGCUGCUCUUUGGGGAAUGUCAGUAUGACAGCUGUGCUCCUCAGUACUACCUCGAUUUUUCUACCAAGACCUGCAAAGAGUGUGACUGGAGCUGCAAUGCCUGCAGUGGCCCCCAGAGCACCGACUGCCUGCAGUGCAUGGAGGGAUACGUUCUCCAAGACGGCGCCUGUGUGGAAGGAUGCCCAGCAGGUUUCUACCAUGACUCCGACACAUGUCAAAGGUGUGAUGACGACCGCUGCCUCCAGUGUCAUGGCCCUGGCGAAUGUGCUUGCUGUGAAGCCCCGUUCCUCCUCUUGGGAUCACAGUGCGUCCGGACCUGCGGGAAGCGAUACUACGCCGAUCACGGAGAGCUAAAAUGCUCCGCUUGCCCCAAGAGAUGCUUGGAAUGCGAUGGAGCAGGUCGGUGCCAGGUUUGCGACUCCACCACCUUUCUGCAUGAAGAUCAUUGUGCCUCCAGCUGCGGCCGUGGCUUCUUCGGUGACCUCCAGAGCAGGGAGUGUAUAGCCAUCACACGGGGUCCCGUUCUGAGGGCAAAUGGCACACUCUGGGUAGGAAUUGGUGGGGCCGUGCCGCUCAGCUUUUCCUUCAUGGAGGUGCAGGGCCCUGGGGGCACCGGAAAAGAACUGCUGUUUCACGUGGCCAGCCUUCCCACCAAUGGCAGAAUCGUGGCUGUGGCAAAUGGGCAGCAGUCGGAGCUGAGGAAGGACGACCAUUUCACGGGGCAGGACGUGUCGGAGCAAAGAGUUCUUUUUGUGCACGAUAAGGAAAAGCCCAGGAAUGGCCACAUUUCUCUAAAGAUCAGCUAUCAACAGUACUUCUCUGAACCAGAAAAAUUCCCCAUUCAGGCCUUAUCAACACAGGCCCCCUAUGUGGUGCGGAACGAAGCCCUGCUUGUUAACAGGGGGGACGCCGGGGCCAUAAGCAAGCUCUUCCUUGAUAUUCAAGACAACGAUAAUCCCCAGGAUGUGGUGGUGACGGUAUUGGAUCCGCCACAUCAUGGGCAGCUAGCCAGGCUUCCUGGGAGCUUGCCGUCGGGGAUGCCUGCCUUCCGCCUGGAUGACUUUUCUAGCGGGCUUGUGCGUUACAUCCACGACGGAUCCAGCAGUUCGGAAGACGCGGUGGUUCUGCAAGCAAGCGAUGGCUACCACGUGCAGAAUAUACUUUUCCACAUCAGGAUUGCUCCGAAGGUGCACGAGGGCCCGCGAAUGGCUGCCAGCUCUAUGGUGUGGGUCCCCCAGGGCGGAAUGCUCCAGAUCAGCAACAGGAUUCUGCAAACUGAGAUCCCUGGUGUCAGUGAUGCUGCCGUCAUCUAUACAAUUAGAGAUCGGCCACGCUAUGGUGAGGUGGUGUUCUUGAUCGCCAUGCCUGCGGAUGACCCUGGGCUGGUCUGGCAGCCGUUGCCCAAUGGAAGAGCGGCUACACCAGCUGCUUCGUUCACCCAACAGGACAUCAACGACGGGCUCGUAUGGUAUCGGCACUCUGGAUCUGAGACGGAGAGCGACUCCUUCCGCUUCCAGGUAUCCAGCACUGCCUUUCCGCAAGCCCACCUGGAGACGCACCUGCUCAACAUUGCCGUCUUGCCGCGCAACCUGGAGUUCCCCGUGUUCUCCCUUGGAUCGUCUUUCCACAUGACUGCCCUAGAAGAUCGUGUAACUCCUAUAGAGCCUCAUCACCUUUCCUUUAUCAACACGGCACGUCCAAACGGGAAGGUUGUGUACAAUGUGACAGUUCCCUUGCCCCAAAACCAAGGCUUUUUGGGACACAGGGAUGCCCCAUUUCCCCCCGUGAAAUACUUUACCCAGGAUGACAUUGAUCAUGGCAAAAUUGUGUAUCAUCCCCCCACUGCCGCCCACCAUAUCAGAGAAAUGAAGGAGUUCUCCUUUGCUGGUCUGCCAGAAUCAGUCAGCUUCCGUUUUACAGUGUCGGACGGAGAACGCACAAGUCCUGAGAUGGUGUUCACCAUCCAUUUGCUCGCCACAGACGAACACCCCGCAUUGCUGCAGAUCUCUGCUCCGGUGCUCCAGGUCAGCCAGGGAGGCCGGGCCACCAUCGGGAUACAGCUGACAGUCGGUGAUGUCGACACCAUUCCUGAGGACCUCUCCUUUGAGGUGGUGGACCCUCCACGCCAUGGAGCUCUUCUCAAGCAUGGCUCCGGCUUCCCCAUCCGCAUGAGUGCUGGCGAUACUUUCACCUAUGAGGAGAUCAUCAGGAAUGCUUUGCAGUAUAUUCAUGAUGGCUCAUCUGCAGCAGAAGAUGCGAUGGAGAUUUCGGUAACCGACGGCACGACCACAGCAACAGCCGUGUUGAAAGUGAGCAUGCUGCAGCGGGGCAGCGACGGUCCGAGGGUGGUGCCUGGUUGCCCUUUGGCCAUCACCGUGGCCGCUAGACGCUCUGUGAUCAUCACCCGAGCCCACUUAGCUUAUACGGAUAAUAAUUCCCCAGAUUCCGAGAUAAGGAUUCAGUUAAUUUCUGUUCCCAUAUAUGGCUCUCUUAUGCGGAUCACCUCUGAAGAACCUUCAGGGGAGUUUUCAGAGGUCUACAAUUUCACCAUGGAAGAUAUCAACAAUCAACAAAUCAGAUAUUUCACAGAGUUUGAAGCCGUGGUUCAGCCAGUCAGAGACAUUUUCCACUUCACUGUGUCGGACGCUGAUGGCAACCAGCUUGACAAUCAGGUGUUCACCGUCACAAUCGCAGCUGUCUGGAGCAAGUCUUCAGUUAUCACUUUUGCCGACCAUAUUACGGUGGAUGAAGGAGGACAGGUGCUGCUUCAGGCUCGCCACACCCUCUCCACUGACUCCGAUGCGGCUUGGGAAAGCUCAGUAGUGCAAAUCGUAACUUUUCCAAAAUAUGGGCAUAUUGAGAACACCAAGACAGGUAGGCGUCUUGGCCCUGGGAGUGCUACAAGCUCAGAUCUGUCAUUUCCGCUGCAAGAUGUUCUGGACAACCGUAUUUAUUACUUUCAGAGUGUCCAUGAAACUGUUGAGCCGUCAAUGGACACGUUUAGCUUUUAUGUCAGCAAUGGCUUCGGCCAGUCAGAAACUAGUAGCGUCAACAUCACUAUUAAGCAUCGCAACGAUGAGCCCCCUGAAAUGCAGCUGGAGCCCAUCCAGGUGCAGGGCAGCAGAGGGGCGGUGAUCAGAAAUUCCUCCUUACGGGUGAAAGACUUGGACACUCCUGACAACCAGCUGGUCUUCGUAGUGACCAAGAAGCCAACCUCUGGUUAUCUCCUCCAGAGACCAUCUCGUUUGGAUCCCCUGGAGAAUGGGCAAACUCUCUCCGAGGGGUCUACCUUCACCUAUCAGGAUAUCUUGGAUGAAAAGAUGGUUUACGCAUGGGACAGUUCUGGAGUCUGGUCUGAUGAGUUCAGCUUUUCACUCUCAGAUGGUCUCCACACACAGACUGGGAAGGUGGAGUUUUCGAUACAGCUGCCAACAAGUGAUCCACCCAGAUUAGUCGUGAACAGGGGCCUGCAACUUUCUGCCGGCUCCGUGGCGGCCAUUACAGACCAGCACUUAAGAGCCACCGAUGAUGAUUCGGAUGACCAAACAAUCACGUACCUCAUCAAGAAGAACCCCCUCCUUGGAAUUCUGCAGUUACACAAAAAGGAUUCCUUGGUACAGAUCUCUGCUGAGGGAUUGGUCAGAGGUUUCACCCAGGCUGAGAUAAACAAAGGGCAGCUGGAGUACAGCCAUGAGAAAGGGGAGCAUGGAGGAACAGUGGCUUUUGUUUUUGACGUGGAAGAUGUGGAAGGGAACAAAAUUGUGGACCAGGCAUUUCUGAUCAGUAUAAUAGAGGACCGGUUGCCUCCAACCAUCACUGUCAACACUGGACUGACACUGGAGGAAAACUCAGCCAAGAAGAUCUCCACCCUAGAGUUGUCAGCCACAGAUCCAGACAGCGAUCCUAGUGACCUCCUGUACAGGAUCACCCAGCAGCCCCAGCUGGGUCACCUGGAGCACGUGGCAUCCCCAGGCCACAGGAUCAGCUCCUUCAGACAGACGGACCUGAUCUCACGCAGCAUCCACUACAUCCAUACCAGUGCAACAGAGAUGCAUUCUGACUCUUUCGUCUUCUCUGUUUCUGAUGGCUCGAGUGAGGUGAGCCAGCGUUUUGACAUCACCAUCAACCCGGUCGAUGAUGCUCUGCCUGUUGUGCAGAGCCCUGGAAUGAGGGUCCAGGAAGGAGUGAAGAAAACCAUCUCAGAGUUUGAGCUUAAAGCCACUGAUGCUGACACAGAGGCCAAAUUCAUCACAUUCACCGUUGUGCAACCCCCACGCCAUGGCCUGAUUGAACAUACCGAUGACGGGCACCAUCACCGGCAGACCCAUGCCUUCACCAUGGAGGAUGUCUACCAGAACCGGAUCAGUUACAGCCACGAUGGAAGCAACUCACUGGAUGACCGCUUCACCUUCACCGUGUCCGAUGGGACCAAUCCAUUUUUUGUUGUGGAGGAGGAUGGGAAAGAGAUCGUGACAGCUGUGCCCCAGUGGUUCAGAGUGGAAAUUCUUCCUGUGGAUGAUGGGACCCCAAGAAUUGUCACAAACCUGGGCCUCCAAUGGCUGGAGUACAUGGAUGGCAAGCCAAAGAACCUGAUCACCAAGAAGGAGCUGUUGACGGUGGAUCCUGAUACAGAAGAUAAACAGCUGAUCUACGAGAUAACAGUGGGGCCGAAACACGGCUACAUGGAGAGGAAGCUGCAGCCGGGGACAGCGGUGACCACAUUUACGCAAGAGGACGUGAAUUUGGGAUUGAUCCAGUAUGUGUUGGAUGAAGAGAGAACUCAAGAGACAGAAGAUAGUUUUCAGUUUCUGGUAAAGGACAGCAAGCCCAGUAUGGUCACUGACAAUACCUUCCAUAUUCAGUGGUCUCUUAUCAGCUUUCAGCACACCAGCUACAAUGUCAGUGAAAAGGCUGGUUCCAUCAGCGUCACAGUGAAGAGGACAGGAAACCUCAAACAAUACGCUAUUGUUCUGUGCCGCACCGAGCAGGGAACGGCCACCUCUGGCUCCCGCUCCCGGCCUGGGGAACAGGAUUAUGUCGAGUAUGCAGGCCAGGUGCAGUUUGAUGAACGGGAGGACACGAAAUUCUGUACCAUCUUUAUCAAUGACGACGACGUCUUUGAGAACAUGGAGAGCUUUACUGUGGAGCUGAGCAUGCCAGCCUAUGCCCUGCUGGGAGGCAUCACGGAGGCCAAGGUCUUCAUCAACGAUGCGGAAGAUGAGCCCACCCUGCAGUUCGACAAGAAAGUCUACCGUGUCAGUGAGAGCGCCGGCAUUAUCUCAGUCCCCAUUGAAAGAAAAGGCGACUCCACCAGCGCCGUGUCUGCGGUUUGCUACACAGUCCCCAAAAGCGCGAAAGGCAGCAGCGCAUACGCCUUAGAGUCCGGUUCAGACUUUCAGUCCAGGGGAAUGUCCAGCGAAAACCGCGUCGUUCUGGGACCCGGCGUGACAAUGACGACCUGCGAUGUCAACGUGAUCGACGACAGCGAGUACGAGGAGGAGGAGGAAUUUGAGGUGGUGCUUGCCGACGCGUCGGAGAAUGCCCGCAUAGGGGGCAUAGCCGCUGCCAAGGUGCUGAUCAGCGGGCCAAAUGAUGCCUCGACGGUUUCCCUUGGGACUGCCACUUUCACGGUCAGCGAAGAUGCAGGGAUUAUUGAGAUUCCAGUCAUCAGGUAUGGUCCUGAUCUCUCUACCCCGACCUCUGUGUGGUGUGCCACUCGGACUGCAGACCCACCUUCUGCUACACCGGGGAUGGAUUACAUACCCAGCUCCAAAAAAGUGGAGUUUCGCCCAGGAAGAACCGAAGAGUAUUGCACCUUGACUAUUCUGGAUGAUGCACAGUCCCCUGUGAUCGAAGGAGUAGAAACAUUCGUAGUCUACUUGAGUUCACCGCAAGGAGCUGAACUAGCCAAGCCUUUCCAAGCCGUGGUGGCCAUUAAUGACACCUUCCAGGAUGUUCCACAUAUGAAAUUUAGCAAAGACGUCUACCCAGUGAAAGAGAAGGACAGGAUCCUGUGCAUUCCUAUAGUCCGUACUGGAGACUUAAGCUAUGAGUCCUCCGUUAGGUGUUAUACCCAGAGUCAGACAGCAAGAGUCAGGGAAGACUUUGAGGAAAGAAGAAACGCUGAGGAGUCACGUGUCACUUUUCUGAAAGGGGAAAAGGUGAAAAACUGCACUGUCUUUAUUCAUGAUGACUCUGCAUUUGAGCCAGAGGAGAAGUUCCAGGUACACCUGAGCAACCCUCUCGGAAACCACUGGAGCGGGGCUACAAUUGGGAAGAACAGCAUGGCUACCAUUACGAUCUCCAACGAUGAAGAUGCACCCACCAUCGAGUUCGAAGAAGCUGCCUACCAAGUCCAUGAACCUCCUGGACCAGAGGGGGUCGCUUUCCUGAAUGUCAAGGUGAUCCGGAGAGGGGACCAGAACCGGACCUCCAAAGUUCGAUGCAGCACACGCGAUGGAUCAGCUCAGUCUGGGAUUGAUUACUAUCCCAAAAGUCGAGUCCUCAAGUUUAGCCCUGGUGUGUCCCACCUUGUCUUUAAGGUGGAGAUUAUGUCCAACGAAGACCGGGAAUGGCAUGAGUCUUUUUCUCUGGUGUUGGGGCCGGAUGAUCCCAUUGAAGCUGUCCUGGGGGAGAUCACCACCACAGUCGUGACCAUUCUGGACCAAGAAGCUUCUGGAAGCCUGAUCUUACCAGCUGCCCCUGUUGUGGUCUCGCUGUCAGACUAUGACCACGUCGAGGAAGAAACCAAAGAAGGCGCGAAGAAGGCCCCCUCUCCGGGCUAUCCAUUGGUCUGUGUGACCCCGUGCGAUCCUCACUUCCCCAAGUACUCUGCCAUGAAGGAGCGCUGCGACGAGGCUGGGAUCAACCAGUCCUCCAUACAGUUCAGCUGGGAGGUGGCUACCCCCACCGACGGGAACGGAGCCAGGUCCCCCUUUGAAACCAUUACGGACAACACCCCAUUCACCAGCGUCAAUCACAUGGUGCUGGACAGCAUUUACUUCAGCCGGCGAUUCCAUGUGCGCUGCGUGGCCAAAGCCGUGGACAAGGUCGGUUAUGCGGGCACCCCGCUGAGGAGCAAUAUUGUCACCAUCGGGACGGACAGCGCCAUCUGCCACACGCCCGUGGUCGCCGGAACAGCCCGGGGCUUCCAAGCGCAGUCAUUCAUUGCCACCCUGAAGUAUCUGGAUGUCAAGCGCAAGGAGCACCCCAAUAGAAUCCACAUCUCGGCACAGAUUCCGCACCAGGACGGGAUGCUCCCCCUCAUUUCCACGAUGCCUUUGCACAAUCUGCAUUUCCUGCUGUCGGAGUCCAUCUACAGGCACCAGCACGUCUGUUCCAACCUGGUCAGCAUCCAGGACCUGAAAGGCAUCUCAGAAGGUGGAUUCUUAGACCAAGUGACCUACAACGACAUUGUCCGUGGGCCUGGCUAUGAUCGACCGUACCAGUUUGACCCCAGCGUGAGGGAACCGAAGACCCUCCAGCUGUACAAACAUCUCAACCUAAAGAGCUGCAUUUGGACGUUUGAUGCUUACUACGACAUGACAGAAUUAAUUGAUGUCUGUGGAGGGUCAGUCACUGCAGACUUCCAGGUCCGAGAUUCAGCCCAGUCCUUCCUGACAGUCCACGUGCCUCUGUACGUCUCCUACAUUUACGUGACGGCACCCAGAGGAUGGGCUUCCCUUGAACAUCACACUGAGAUGGAGUUUUCCUUCUUCUAUGACACUGUUCUGUGGAGGACAGGUAUCCAGACAGACAGCGUCCUUUCUGCCCGGCUGCAGAUCAUAAGGAUUUACAUCCGAGAGGAUGGCCGGCUGGUCAUUGAGUUCAAGACCCAUGCCAAGUUCAGAGGGCACUUUGUGAUGGAGCACCACACCCUGCCGGAUGCAAAGUCUUUCAUCAUGACUCCUGAUCACCUCGGAGGGAUCGAGUUUGACCUGCAGCUGUUGUGGAGCGGCCAGACUUUUGACUCGCCUUAUCAGCUCUGGAGAGCAACCAGCUCAUAUAGCAGGAAGGACUACUCGGGAGAAUACACCAUCUACUUAAUACCAUGUACAGUGCAGCCUACGCAGUCCUGGGUUGAUCCGGGAGACAAGCCCUUACCCUGCACUGCUCAUGCUCCAGAAAAAUUUUUGAUUCCAAUUGCCUUUCAGCAAACAAACCGUCCGGUUCCUGUCGUGUACUCCCUGAACACCGAGUUUCAGCUCUGCAACAACGAGAAAGUGUUUCUGAUGGAUCCCACCACACUGGAAAUGUCCAUGGCGGAGAUGGACUACAAGGGGGCUUUUUCAAAGGGUCAGAUCCUCUAUGGCCGGGUCAUGUGGAACCCUGAACAAAACCUCAACUCUGCCUACAAACUGCAGCUGGAAAAAGUGUAUCUUUGCACUGGGAAAGAUGGCUAUGUGCCGUUCUUUGACCCAACCGGAACCAUAUAUAAUGAGGGACCCCAGUAUGGCUGCAUCCAACCCAGCAAGCUCCUGAAGCACAGAUUUCUACUGCUGGACCGGAAUCAACCAGAAGUGACUGAUAAAUAUUUCCAUGACGUACCUUUUGAUGCCUAUUUUGCCUCCGAGUUACCUGAUUUCCACCUGGUCAGCAGCAUGCCUGGAGUCGAUGGCUUUACCAUGAAGGUGGAUGCACUUUAUAAGGUGGAAACUGGCCACCAGUGGUAUCUUCAGGUGAUCUACAUCAUUGGCCCGGAGACCAUUGCGGGCCCCCGGGUGCCACGUUCUCUCAUUCACCGUCUGAAACGCGACCGCCGGGAUCUUGCAGGCCACAGAGGCAGCCCGAGCCUGGACGACUCCUUGAUCUAUGACAACGAAGGGGAUCAGGUCAAGAACGGCACGAACAUGAAGUCUGUCCACCUGGAGCGCCAGGAGGCCGUCGCCGCCACCUCCCUGUCCCAGACGGGGGCCUCCAUCGGCAGUGCCUUCGCGGCCACCAUGCUGCUGCUGCUCCUCCUCUUGGUCCUCUGUUUCGUGACCCGGAAGUGCCGGAAACACAGAAAAAAGAAAAAAGCCGCCAAGGACAUCACGGAGCCAUACCCCCUCAACAGCACGGUGGAGGCGGCCAAGAAGAAGAACGUAAACAGACAGUACUGCACUGUGAAAACCCUGAACAUUCUCCGUGAAAAUGAAGGCGCCUGCAAGGUCAAAGGGGCAAAGGUCAAGCAGGUGAACCUGGAGGUGAAAGUUCACAACAAUUUACACGACGGGACAGAAGUUUAGUGGUGUGCACACUUUUCUUGCUUUUGCUUUGGUAAUACAUCUUUUUAUAAAUUGUAAAAAAGGAAAGAAAGAAAAACUUCUAUAAAAUUUUUUAAGAAAACAUCCUGGUAUUUUUAUAACAAUCUCGCGGAGAAAGGAAAGCGCAAACCGUUUUUGUGUUGAUGUGCUUGAGUGAUGAGUGAGCAACGUGUCUCCGCACACUUCCACUCUACAACAGAGCUACCUCAUUGAGAGCAAAACUGCAUGAGGCUCCCGAGCUGAGAGAUGCCGAAUCGCGUUUCUUGGAUCACCUUAGAGGAGGUCCCUCCGCCCAACCUGUGCAGCUCCCAGAUCUCAUCCUUUCUCUGCUUGCUGCACUGCAGAACAGUUCAUUAAAAAUGAGACGGAUGCCACAUGCAAAUGAGGCUUCACUGGAGGUAGAAGAUACACAAAAUAACUAUUGUGUGUGGGAGAGCAACCUUUCCCCAGGAUGUUUCCUCCAUACAGUUGGCCGCUGUUGGAUUUGAACUUCCUCAGCAGCCUCUGUCGGGCCAGUUAUUCCAGACCUGUUACGAUGCAGCAUUUAUACACCGGUUGCUCCUCUGUUUCUAGGAAUGAGCAGCAUGUUGUAGCACAAAUGGAAGCAAGAAGCAACUGAAUCACUUUUAAGUCAGCUUGCACACGAUUGUCAGCCCAGGCAACGGCCUCAGGCCUGCAGGGUCUCUCUGCCAGACCGUGUCACGCAGAGAUGCCCUUUGUGUGACAUGAAAGCUCUGUGCAGGUGUGUAGCACGGCUGAGUCACUCUUCUCUGAAUGCAUCAUGGACACACGGGUCACAUCCUCAUGGAGGCCCCGGUUCACACAAAUGUCACCUUCACUGGGAGCUUCCUCCCAACUGAGAAGUCCCACCAUAAUGUGCAAAACCCAAGGCAGCAGGGUUGUUAGUGUUUGCCUCCAUUGGUCCAUCUACUGUCGACUCGGACUAGCAGUGGUUGUCCAGAGUUCCAGUCAGGAAUUUAUUCAGAUCAAGUAAUAACUGUGGAUAAGGGUGGUUAUAUGAGCACAAAUGGUUCUAUAGAUCAACUCUUGAGCACAGACCUUUGAUCAAUGGAGGCAAGCUAAUCCAAUCGAUUAAUGUUAUCGGGUGACCUACUGUCCCCUUGAUGGAUUGUGUGAACUGGCUGAACGAAACCAGAGUUCUU